GUUUCCUAGCUCUGCUGGAACUUGGCUGCUAGUGGGUUGUGGUGACCUACCUGGUUCCUCUAGCAGUGCUUGGCUGGCUGGCGAUUCAUCGCUAAGUGCCAUUGUUGGGUGGUAGAGGCAGCAGAGGGAGGGGAGGCCUCCCGAAGUCCUGCGCUUUGCCAUGAGGAGGAUUUUUGGUUGGUCUUCUUGGACCUCCCGCACCCCACAGAAGAAAACCAUCACCGACCCUGUUGUCGACCAUAACACUGACACAAGAAGACCUGUGUAUGGCAACAUCAAAGACAAAGGUCUCAAGAAGAUCCACAGAGCUGCUCUCAUCGGCGAUGUCUCUGAAGUGCAGGCGCUUCUGCAGCUGCAUAAACGUGCCUUGAAUGAGUUGGACUCACAGCACAGGACUCCCCUCCAUUUGGCCGCAGCCCAUGGUCACAGUGCAGUGGUCACUCUGCUAGUAGAGAGAAAAUGCGACCUUAACCUGCGUGAUGCUGAGCACAGGACAGCUCUGGUGAAGGCAGUACAAAGCCAGAAAGAAGAAUGUGUUCGUAUUCUUCUAGAACAUGGUGCCGAUCCAGAUAUUUUGGACAUAAGAGGCAACUCUGCGCUCCAUUAUGCAGCUGGUAAUGAAAAUGAGUCCAUAAUAACAAAGCUGCUUUUACACAAAGCAAAUAUUGAGGCAAGAAACCAGAAUGGAUGCACACCACUCUUAUAUGCUGCAAGGGAAAAAAACCAAAAAAUAAUAGAGUUUUUGUUAAACAAGGGAGCGGAUAUAAAUGCUGUUGAUAGGUUUGGAAGCUCAGCCCUCGCGCAUGCUGCAUGUUAUGAUUCAGCAGAUACUGUUCAUGUUCUCCUCCGGCAUGGCAUUGAUUGCUCUUCUGAAGAUGUAUUUGGAAGGACUGCUGACCAGUUUGCCCAUCAUCGUGGUUUUAUUAAGAAUCAGAAAAUUAUACUUGCCUAUAAAAGUAAAAAGGACAAAGAGAACAAAAAGAAUGAAAAGAACAGAAAAGAAGAAAAGAAGAAAAACGAUAAAAAGAAGGAAGAGAAUGAUCUAGCAAAAAUGAAUGCUCACAAGGAUACUGAAAAGAGGCGUCCCAUGAAACUAAACUUUGAGGAUUCAUGUGCUACAUUAUCCGAAAGCAUAGAUUUUGAAACUAAGGUUAAAGAAGGAAAGAAGCACAAAAGUAGUGACAUGAAAUUAGAAGACGUGUCUGAUUCUACUAGUGUCAGCAGUGGAUUAAAUCAACAAGCAAAGAGUGGAAAAACUGAUAAUCAGCACUGUUCUAUUGUAAUGACCAAAGAUCCUUAUAGAGUUCAAGACAAACAGAAAAAUAAAAGCCAAAGUGAUACAUGUUCUUCAUCAGAAUCAGAAUCAGAAUCUGAGUCACAAUCCAGUAUGAAGGUAGAUGGCAAGAGACUUAAACCAGAUGAGAAUGUCACAAGAGUUCAAGAUAAACAGAAAAAUAAAAGCCAAAGUGAUACAUGUUCUUCAUCAGAAUCAGAAUCAGAAUCUGAGUCACAAUCCAGUAUGAAGGUAGAUGGCAAGAGACUUAAACUUAAACCAGAUGAGAAUGUCACAAGUAAUAUUCCUGGCUUGCAUAAAAGUGGAGUAAGGAAGAGCAAAAAUGAAACAUGUAAUUCAGCAGUAUCUGUGCCUAAAGUAAGCAGGAAGACUGGUGCUUUGCAUUCAGUGACUGGUGACAGCAGAAGACAUGAAUCAAGACAGAAUAAUGGCAGCAAUGUCUAUAAUUUCUUCCUGUAUAGAGUUCCUGGCUUGACUAGAAAAAAAGGAAAGAAAAGCACCUAUGAAAUGAAUAUGCCAACAGAAGCUCUGACAGUAACACAUGAGACGGCUGGUGUAGUAUUUCCGGAGCAAGGUGACAGCAGGAGACAUGAAAACAAUCAGUAUGUUGGAAGGCCUGUAAAGAAAACAUCUAAUGAGAAGAAGGAAAUCAAUCCUACAGAUGACUCUGAUGACAUAACUCAGACAUCUGAAACAGCCUCAAUGGGUUGUGACUCGUUUUACUCGGAACAUGAGAAUUGUACGUUGUUAAUGGAACAACUUUGCAUGAAUUGUAAAGAUUUUAUUAACUUUUCAAAAUGCCAGGAUUUAAUUUGUCCACAUAAAAGAUUAUGUGAAAUUAAAGAUAAUCACUGUGAACUACUUAAGAAAAAAUAUAGAAAAAUGAAAGAUGAGAAUUGUGCACUAAAAACGGAGCUAUUAGCAACAAAAGACAUAAGCUCACAGCUUAAGCAGCAAAAUUUGAAACAAGAAUACUGCUGCUGCAAUUUGAGGGAUAGGCUGCAAAGAGAAGAAGAGCACUACAGGAGUGGUGCUCAAGUGAAGCAGCAGCUGGAGUCCACACUGUCAGCAGUAGUUAUGGAACUGAGAGCUCUAAGAAGCGAUUUAAUGAAGGCUUCUGAGAGUAAUGAAAGAGAGAAAGAUCCAGUACAUAAAAGCCACACUUUGCAGGAUGAAAUCAGUAUGCUAAAACUGGAAAUAAAUACAAUGAAAAAUAAAAACCAGGAAAAAGAAAAGACCAUUGAAAUUUUAGAAGAAAUGAAUGAUUUUCUGCGAGAAACAAUACAACUGAGUGAGGAAAGACUUACAAAAACGGUAUCUCAACAUUGUGAACAACUUCUUGUUCUAAAGUGUGAAAAUAACUUGCUAAGCACUCAAUUGGAAAAUGAAAAACUAAAAACAGAAACACUGAAAUCAGAAGUUGAAUCCUGCCAUCGUAGACAGGAUGCUGCUGUACAAGAUCGUGGUCAAAGUCACAAGUCCGAGAGAGACCUAGAAUGUCAUUUCCAAGGACAAGAGAGGAGAAGCUACAUUUAG